GAAAAACUUGAUCCCAAAAUUACAAAUAUCUCCCUCUCAUCUCUCCCCUAUACCCACCUCCUCUCUCCUCUCUGGCUUCAAACCCACCACAAACAAACGCCAUUUCCAACCAUUUCCUCCUCUCUCCCUAAAUUCCUUCCUCCACGUUUCCCCCACCAAAAUCCAAACCCCAUGGGCGAUAUCAACACCAAAUUCCCACCAAAACCCAUCCCUCCCAAUCCCGAUUCCUAUUAUAAAUCUCCAGAACACAACUCCGAAGAUUGCAUCAUUUUCAGAGGCUGGGACAGUGCUGCUGCAAUCGACGAUGACUCUCAAUCCGAAUCAGGCGUUUCUUCACCCACCCUUUGGGCUUCCAAUUCUCGAACCACUCCCCAAUUUCACCGCCAUCGUAAUCGUAGCCUUUCCCCAACUUCCCGAACCCAAGCCAUAGCCAGAGGCCAACAGGAGCUCAUGGAGAUGGUUCGUAAUAUGCCCGAAUCAUCUUACGAGCUCUCCCUCAAAGAUCUUGUUGAACAUCACUUGACUAAUUCGAAGCGCCAACAAGAUGGUGCUGUUGCUUCGCUUUCAAGAGACGAUUCCAGCUCUGAAACUUCCUUCCGAAGAGACCCUAGCAAGAACAGAGGUGAAACUAGGGCACUUGUUACCAGAAGUAGAAGCGUCGAUAGCGGUGGGUUUUAUCUCAAAAUGUUCUUCCCACUGCCUUUUGGGCAAGUUUCGGCCAAAAAGAAGAAUAAUCUUAGAACUGAUUCUGGAUUGAGUGGUAGCUCGAGAGUUUCGCCUAAGCCACCGCCGGUGGAUAAAGAUUGGUGGAGGAAGAGAUCGUCGGUAUCGGGCGGUGAAAACGACGGUAGUAUCUCCGGUGGAAGUAUGACGAGUAGCGGUAGUAGUAAUAGUACUAGCAGCGAAAGAAGCAACAGCAGGAACUCUGAAUCGCAAGGAAGUUGCUGGUUUUGUAUAAGUCCAAUGAGAAGUAAAGAUCGAGAGUAAAACAACAGAUUCAUCGGAGACGGAGUAUUCAAAUGAAAUGAAUCUUAUAUAUACUUAAUAUGUAAUCUCCUUUGAAUAAUGUUUUGGUAUAAUUCCCACUAAAUCACAGCUGAAUUUUGCAGCUAA